AUGGUGAAGGAAAACACCGUGAGAAAACUGGAAGUAAGGAACUGUAUUAUAAACUUUAGAAUGGAGCGUUGGGCAAACAAGACAGCUGUGGUCACGGGGGCCAGCGCUGGUAUCGGGGCCGCGAUCUGCCUUGGUCUAGCCAACGCUGGACUGUCUGUGGUCGGGCUGGCUCGAAGACCGGAGCUGAUAGACAAAUUGAAAGAAGACGUAACUGGAACCGGUCGCAUACAAUCUAGGAAGUGUGACGUCAGUGAAACAGAUGAGAUACGACUGAGUUUUGAAUGGGUUGUAGAUAACUUCGGAGGAGUGGACGUCCUCGUAAAUAACGCUGGCGCAUUAUUUAACUCGGGGAAUAUGACUGAUAUUGGAGACAAUAAAAUUAGCGACAAAGACUUACUAGCAACCAUAGACGUAAAUCUAAAGGCAGUAGUUAUGUGCACGCGGUACGCUGUUGCUUCUAUGAAGAAACGCAAAUUUGAUGGCUAUGUUAUUAAUAUAAACAGCAUCGCAGGCCACUACAUACCUUUCCGUUCAGGCUUCAAUAUAUACCCGAGCACGAAGCACGCAGUGAGCGCCUUUACAUCCUCCCUGCUCAACGAACUCGCAGACUGCAAAAGCAAAAUCAAAGUGACGAGUCUUUCACCCGGUCUUGUCAACACCAAGAUGACUCAACAUCAUUCUACAGCUGAAGAAGUUCCGAUAUUGCAACCAAGUGACAUAGCAGAUGCAGUCCUUUACCUUCUGUCGACCCCACCAUAUGUUAACAUAACAGAGCUAACAGUGAUGUCGGUUGCCGAAAAGAAACUU